UUCAAACCAAAGAACCGCCAACCCGAAUCGCUGCUCUUCCUAGCUGUUUCCCUAAACAACAAUAAUAUCAGGAAUAUUUGUAUUCUAUAUUGCUAUAUUUUAGCGCCCAUCUCCUCCUCUAGAUCGAAUACGGGGAAACACAUUUCAAGCUUCUCUCUUUUUGAUUUCAUCGACGAUUCAAUUAUGGCUCCAAAGGAUCCGAAGCAGGCCGCUGCAGCCGCUGCCGCUGCCGCCGGCGGCGGCGGCGGCUUCUUCGCUUCGAUAGCUUCGACUCUGUCCAAUUUCACCAAAUCCGUUAAUGGUUUAAUGGGCUAUGAGGGGCUGGAGGUCAUUAAUCCAGAAGGUGGCACUGAAGAUGCUGAAGAGGAAGCAAAAAAGGGACGGUGGAAACAAGAGGAACGAGACGGUUACUGGAAAAUGAUGCAAAAGUAUAUAGGCUCUGACAUCACAUCAAUGGUGACACUUCCAGUUAUUAUUUUUGAGCCGAUGACAAUGCUGCAGAAAAUGGCCGAGCUGAUGGAGUACUCUUACCUGCUAGAUAUGGCAAAUGAAUGCGAGGAUCCGUACAUGAGAUUAGUUUAUGCUUCUUCAUUCUUUAUAUCUGUCUACUAUGCUUACCAACGAACAUGGAAACCAUUCAACCCUAUUCUUGGUGAGACUUAUGAAAUGGUUAAUCACGGAGGCCUUACAUUUAUAUCAGAGCAGGUCAGCCAUCAUCCUCCCAUGAGUGCUGGACAUGCUGAAAAUGAACAUUUCACCUACGACGUGACAUCAAAAUUGAAAACUAAAUUUCUUGGGAACUCAGUUGAUGUUUAUCCUGUUGGGAGGACAAGAGUGACUCUCAAAAGAGAUGGUGUGGUCCUUGAUUUGGUACCUCCUCCAACAAAAGUUAACAACUUAAUUUUUGGUCGAACUUGGAUUGAUUCCCAAGGGGAGAUGGUGCUGACAAAUCUGACCACUGGGGAUAAAGUGGUACUAUAUUUUCAACCAUGUGGCUGGUUUGGAGCUGGUCGGUAUGAAGUGGAUGGGUACGUCUAUAAUGCUGCCGAUGAACCCAAGAUACUGAUGACUGGAAAAUGGAAUGAGGCUAUGAGUUAUCAAAUGUGUGACUUAGAUGGAGAACCACUUCCAGGGACUGAACCGAAAGAGGUUUGGAGAGUUGCUGAUGUUCCCAAGAACGACAAAUACCAGUACACGCAUUUUGCACACAAGAUUAACAGCUUUGACACUGCUCCUAAGAGGUUGUUGGCGUCCGAUUCUCGCCUACGUCCUGAUAGAAUGGCCCUUGAGAAGGGUGACUUAUCCACAUCUGGCCAUGAAAAGAGCAGUUUGGAGGAGAGGCAGAGAGCAGAGAAGAGAAACCGAGAGGCCAAGAGCCAUAAAUUUACUCCUAAAUGGUUUGACCUGACUGAGGAAAUUACUCCAACACCUUGGGGUGACUUGGAAGUUUACCAAUACAAUGGUAAAUAUACAACGCAUCGAGCUGCCAUAGAUAGUUCCACUGGCGUUGAGGACCCUCAUAGCAGACCAGAGUUCGAUCCAUGGCAAUAUGAUAGUUUGCAUGCCGAGUAAAGCGCUUGUGUCUUUUUUUUUAAACUAUUUUUUUUUUGGGGUGAUUGUAAUUCUAUCCUUUUCCUUUAUUUUGUUUUUGAUAGUAAGAAUGCUGAAUUCUGUACCUGUAUAAAUUAUUUCUUUUUUAUGAUUCUCGUCAUUCAUAUUAUUAGGUUGUAAUGUAAGUUAAGCCUUGGUAUGGAUACCUAAAAUUUGAUAUGUAGCGAUGUUUGUUUUGUUAUUGUAGAA